UGUUGUUCAAGGGAAAAAUAACCUUUUAAACUGCGGUUGCCAUUUUUGUAAAAAAACAACAUUCAAAUCAAAGGAGUGUUAAGAAAAAAUGCUGAUGCUUAAGAACAGAUUAUGGAGCUGAUUGAGGCUGCGAAGAGUGGUAACCUAGACGCAGUGAAAAUAUGCCUCCAGGAAGGAGCACUGCUAAAUUAUGUUGACCAAUCCGAUAACUUGACUGCACUUCAUUAUGCAUCUGCUUAUGGACACAGGGACAUCGUUUCAAUUUUACUUGACAAUGGCUUUAACUUAAAUGCAUUAACACCAGAUGGCUGGACAAUCCUUCAUAUUGCUGCCUUAUAUGGACAUAAAGAAAUUGUUUCUGAUCUUCUUGGUAGAGGACUUGACCCAAACAAAGUCACACGCACACAUGGCGUGUCUGUACUCCACUGUGCAGUUGAAAAUGGACAAGCGGAGAUUGUGUCUGAACUACUUGACAACGAUUGUGAUCUUCACAGAGUGACAGACUAUGGUAGAACAGUCCUUCAUUGGGCAGCUGACAAUGGACAUAUAGAAAUAGUUCAUGUACUGCUUGACAAAGAUUUAGACUUGUUGAAUCAAGUAGACAAAGAUGUUAGUAUAUGCAUAAGGGUAUAUUCAUAUUUUUUUUAAGACAAAUUGGAUUUCAGAAAGGUACAUAUUCAUUCAGUAUGAAGGUAAAUGCGGCAUUUUUGAAAUUUCUUUUACUAUUGUGUAAUAUUGU